GUUGUUAGCUCCUUAGCGAUAAGUAUGCUUUAACCGUGGGCCACCCAAACUCCACUGUGGUGGUGGUCAGUUGACUUUGAGUGACUGCACCUGGACAACAGUAUUAAGUUUCAGUAGCUUCCCGAGGCCAUAAAAAUGUUAGCGGUAGCGCGCACGCGCAUGUGUAUGUGCUCCUCCCAUUCGUGCGCGCGAGCGCGCGCGGCCGUUUCCUUUGAAACAACUGAAAGUUGGUGUGCAGACGUUAUCCAGCCGAUAUCUAUGAGAGGCGAGCAGAAGGGAACAGGGAGACACAAAAAAGGGCAACAGACGACAGCGGAGAGACUUAUGGAUUAAUUUUACCCUCCGCCAUUUUUAGAAGACUUUUGGUAGAUAAACAACGGCGGAAACCUGGUUUAAUCCUCAUUGUCAGGUCCUUCCCAACCUCCCUACCCUUUUUCCCCAUUGGCUCUUGUUCCCAGAGGGCGGAGAUAAGCAUGGGGUAAGACAGCUGAGACUAAACGCCAAGACAACGCCAGUUGAAGAGGCACACUCACCUGCACUGGUUCAGUAAGGGAUAGGCAGGGUACACCCUUGAUUCAUCGCCAGUCCUUCACAGGUGCCAACAGAGACGCAGAACAACCAGGUGGUGUCUGGUGGAAGACUGCCAUGGCGUUGCUGCGUUGGAACCUAAAGCUUAUGGUGACACUGACGAUGGUCAACCUCUUUAUCUUCAUCCUCAUCUCCCGUAACAGCAGCACAGACAAAGAUGGCCGUCGGAAACCCACUGUUCCCACCGAUUCAUUCUGGACCAAGCUGGCCCCGAGCUCCCCCUACUGGAACCGCCAGCAGCAGAUCAUGGACCUUCAGCACAAUCCCAUCUUCACCUUGAACUCCAGCAUUGCAGACUUGCCCGACUGGCUGAACGACACCAGUUUACCUUCCGACCCCUGCCAGCCCAACCUCAGGGUCAGAACUCAGGUUAAAGACUACAAUUCUUUACCGAACCGCUUCAAGGACUUUCUGCUCUACAUGCGCUGCCGGUCCUACCCCGUCCUCAUGGACCAGCCGGACAUCUGUAAUGACCCCCCUUUUCUGCUCCUCGCCGUCAAGUCCCUGGCGCCGCACUUUGACCGACGCCAGGCCAUCCGCCAAUCCUGGGGCUCGGCAGGCAUUGUCGCCAACAUGACGGUGGUCACCAUCUUCCUUCUGGGGAACGCCACAGCCGUUGACCACCACCCAGAUCUGUCUGAGAUGCUGCAAUAUGAGAGCCGACGACACAAAGACUUAGUGCAGUGGGACUUUAGAGACUCCUUCUUUAACCUGACGGUCAAGGAGCUCCUCUUCUUGGAGUGGAUCCAGACCCGUUGCCCUGGUGCCCGCUACAUCUUCAAGGGUGACGAUGACGUCUUUGUCAACACCUACCGUAUCCUGGGCUUUCUCAAGGGCCUAUCAGACCCCAAAGCCAGGGACCUGUUUGUGGGUGACGUGAUCACCAAUGCGGGGCCCCACCGGGACAAGAAGGUCAAGUACUUCAUCCCAGAGAGCAUGUACACCGGAACGUACCCGCCAUACGCAGGAGGAGGGGGCUACCUUUACUCCGGAGACCUCGCCGCCCGCCUGCAUAACGUUUCGCAACACGUGGUACUCUACCCCAUCGACGACGUCUACACCGGAAUGUGCCUCCGGAAGCUGGGGCUCGCACCGGACAAGCACAAAGGAUUCCGGACCUUUAACAUAGAGGAGAAGUACCGGUCGAACCCGUGCGUGUACAAGAGCCUGAUGCUGGUUCACCCUAGGACGCCGCAGGAGAUGAUCCAGAUCUGGUCCUGGCUCAAUCGACCUGACAUCACCUGCCAGUGAUCAGACCGAUGGGACCCAGUUGGCUCGGUUUGACCCCAAAAAGUGGCAUGUUUUUGUUUUUUUGUUUUUUUAGCAGAGUCAUGACUUAAAAGUUUGCAGCUUUAAUAAGACUACAUAAAGCUGUGGGAAAGUAAGAUAUUAUUUUGACUUCCUCGAGCUAAUUCAACAGGCUUGGCUUCUUUCAAAGUGAAUGUCUUCAAAAAUGGAUAUUUAUGUCACGGCUAUUUAUAAAGGCUUUAUACUGCUUAAACAC